AUGUUAGACAUUAGGCAACGUAUUUUUGAUUUGAAUGAAUCGAGGCGUGACGCUGGUGUCAUUGAGAUUAUUGGACGUGCUAGUGACAGGAUCGAAUCAAGAAACUCUGAUACUAAUAAUUUUUAUUUCAAUGAUCGAUUUUUGUCAAGAAAUCAUGCAUCGUUAUGUAUAAAAUUGUUGCAACCUACAUUAUCUGACACUUCUGUCGUCGACCAAUUUAGGAUAUUUGUAACUGAUUUAGAUAGCUCUUAUGGUAUCGUUGAUCUUUACUGCAAUGAUCAAAAACAAGAUGUGAUCGAUAUAAAGAAUGGUGAAUAUUUUGGUUUGAUUGAUUUAAAGAAUAAUGAAAGCGAUUCUCGUAUUCUUUACAAGCUACGGUGCCGUGUGGUUAUCUUUCAAGAUCCGUUGUCGAAGGGUUAUAUUUGUCAACUUGAAGUGGAAAAUUUAGUCAAUGAGGACGAUAUUGUAAGUUUAAGUGAUAGUUACGAACUUAGUGAUUCUUCUGUCAACGAGAAAAUUGUUGCUGACUUUAAUGAGGCGCGACUUGGAGAUAACUUAUUCGACACGAGAAGUGAAAGAGAAGAAGAUGAGAUAUCUAUAAGUUAUUCUAAGGUAAGUAACGAUUUAGAUCCAGAUAGUUCUAACCUGUCAAGUUUUGAAAAUAUUAUAUAUUCUGACACUAGAACUUCAGAAAGUGGUUCUGAAGAGUUAAGCCCAAGCCCUGAAACUGUUGAUGAUUGUUUUGAAACCAGAUCGGAGUUGAUUGAUGAGAAGUAUAGUGUCGUUUCUUUACAUGCAGAAGAUCGACAAGAAUAUCCAAAGAAUAAUGAUUUUGUAAUUUUGGAUACUUCAAAGAUCUCAAAAAAAGGAUCACAAAGUAUUGACCCAAUAAUUACAUAUCCUGCUAAUAAUUUUACUGCCGAUAUUGAUAUAUCAGGGACUGACGAAAUCAUUCAAGACAGUGUGCCAGCUGUGACUUCUAACAUCACUUCCCCGUGCACUAUUUAUGAUGAUAAAUUUAAUCACAAUUAUUCGAAACAUAAAUCCAGUAAAAGAUCACUGCAACCAGAAUUUCAAGAGAUUAACUUAAGAAAAAUAUGCAGUCCAAUAAAGAAAAGAAAAAAGAUUAAUGCGAUUACUAAAACGCUCAGGAGUAAAAAAGAAUUAAUAAUAUGUGGGCUAGUAGGUUUGGCUGUUGGAUCGAUAGGAACCUUUGGAUUAUUAAUUGCAGUCGCAAAUAAGUUAGAACAAAAUCAAAAACUGGAUUAA